CCGGUCUCCGGGAGUGAAAGGCUGCGGGCAGUCAACCGCCGGGGGAAGAAUUAUAAUCGGGCCAAUAACUAAUACAACGGUGUAUUUAUACUACCACUUCCAAGAUGCUCCUGAGUACCCACCGCUUUGGCUAAGCUUUUGGACACCGGUCUCCUUGUUUGGGUUGCCUUGCCUUGGGAUCGAGCUUCAGAGAUGGAGGAGGAAAUGAAUGAGUCAAGGAUGCGACUGGCUCGCCUUACAAGCCGAUUAGCAUACCUUCGAACGAAACAAGAGGAAGCAAACAAAACUGAAGAGUUGAAAUCUAAUUCAGAUAUUACAGAUCAUACUGGCACUAUCAGACAAAUUAUGGCUGAUGGAAACUUUCCAGAAGACUGGUUUGCAUAUCUUCAGAAAGUGGAAAAGAUGGGUGAUCCUCAAACCAAUGAGAAACUAUUGAAUAGGCUUAUAGAGCUAUAUAAUGACACAGUUGCUGCCCUAUCGGUUGAGAAGCAUUAUGCAAAUGAAUGCUAUGCUCGCAUCUUAAUACGUUUUGCAGAGCUUAAAGUUUUUAUAGAUGUAGAUGAAGCACAGGAGCAAUUCAACUUGGCUAGAGUGAACUGUAAGAGAUUUGCCUUUGUGCAUAUAGCAUAUGCACAAUUUGAGCUUAAUCGAGGUUCUGUAAGGAAGUGUAGAACCAUUCUCCAGAAAGCACUGGAUAUGAAAGCAAAACCCAUAGAGCUCUUGGAAAUUGCUUUUCAAAAUUUAAACCAGGGGAAAAUGGAGCUUCUGUUACCUGAAGAUGGGGAUAAAGAAAAUCUAUCUGUGACUGUGUGUAAAACCACACCAACCAUGUUAUCAACGAAUAUUGUUUCAUUGAACAAGAACCGAAAAAACAGUGAUAGUUCUGAAGAAUUGCAAAUUGAUCCUUUUUUAUCAUUGAGGGUGGACAUGAGUAACUUAGCCAAAGAGAGUGAUGUAGCACUACUGGAGCAGAUGAAUGUCAAGCAGCUGAAAAACACAGGUGGUAGCAAGGUCUUGCAAGCAGGCAGUGUUCCCCUUCAGCCAAUAAUGAAUGAAGCAGCAAGUGGCUUAAAGAAGAUGGAUGGUGCCUCUGUGAAGAUGCAAACCUGCACAUCAAAAGCAAUGCGUGUGUUAACUUCAGCAUUAUCUCAACCAGAUUCAUGUACAUAUGACUUGAAGUGUGGCUCAAGUGUCACCAGUUCCCCAAAUUUGCAAAGCUCAAAUGAAGAUAGUGAAAAGGUUAAUGAUUACCCCUUCUUCACUUGCACUGGACCAUUUGCUUUAAAAAAGCAAGGAGCAAUUCCUGAUCAAAUUAAGCAAGAAGAAUAUGAACUAAAAUCUGACAACCUGAAAGAAAAGAGGUUAAAGGAAUGCAAGACACACACUGUUGAUGUGAUAAAGAAACAAGGUAGUUUCGCUGUAGAAGCUGUGAGGGGGAAAGAAAAAUCUGGCAGCGCUUUCACUCAAGUUUCACCUGAGGCUAAUGGACCAAUAUUUAAUCAGGCUGGUGUGAUGCUUGCUCCAAAGAAAUUUCCAUCCACAAGUGGUUUUGGUAAAAGUGCAGUUCCAACAGCAUCAAUUUGUCAGACACCCUGUAUCAAAAUGUCUCAUCGUUUCACAAGCAGUUCACAGACUCCAGUUGUGAGCAAACCUGUACUGGCGCAGGUUUCGACUCCACACAGUUUUAUGCCAGCUUCCCAAUUUUACACCAGUUUCCCACCUACUCCAGCAACACCACAACAACAUGGUGAUCAGCUCCAACAAUAUGGAUGUUCUCAGCUUCUGCCACAGUUAGGGAUUUCAGCACCUGCUUUCACUGCCAAUGAAAGUAUUGUGGUUAAGGAGAGGGUCUACUCCAUAAUAAAAUUACUAGGAACUGGAGGAUCAAGUAAGGUAUUCCAAGUACUUGACCAGAAAAAACAUCUAUAUGCUGUUAAGCAAGUUAAUCUGCAGGAUGCAGAUGAUCUCGCAGUAGCUGGCUACAAAGAUGAAAUUGAAUACUUGAAACGUCUACAGCAACACAGUGACAAGAUAAUCAGGCUUUUUGAUUAUGAGAUUACAGAAAAUUAUAUCUACAUGGUAAUGGAAUUGGGGAAUGUAGACUUAAACACUUUGCUCCGAAGGAAAAAAGUUAUCAAGGCAUUAGAGCGCAAAUUAUACUGGGAAAACAUGUUGGAAGCUGUUCACACGAUUCAUCAGCACGGCAUUAUUCACAGUGACCUGAAACCAGCCAAUUUUCUGGUGGUUGAUGGAAUGCUGAAAUUGAUAGAUUUUGGUAUAGCUAAUGAGAUCCAGCCAGAUGUGACCAGUAUUAGUAAAGAUGCUCUGGUUGGCACAUUAAAUUUCAUGGCACCCGAGACUAUUAAAGAUACAUUUUCCAAUGGUGAAAACAGAUCAAAGUCCAAGAUAAGUCCAAAGAGUGAUGUGUGGUCCCUUGGCUGUAUCUUGUACUAUAUGACUUAUGGGAAGACUCCGUUUCAGCACCUUACAAAUCAUAUCAGCAAACUACAGGCUAUUACAGAUCUAAACUAUGAAAUACAAUUCCCUGCUAUUCCAGAAAAAGAUCUUCUUGAUGUACUAAAGAAAUGCUUGAUAAGGAAUCCUAAGGAAAGGAUAUCUAUUGCUGCUCUGCUUGAUCAUCCCUACGUACAUCUCCAAGUUCAGCAAGAGUCAGUGGAACCCAGCAAGACAUCCAGAAAGGAAAUGCAGCACAUCUUGAGCCAGUUGGUAGCUUUGAAUUCCCCAAACAGCAUCACAAGGGCAGCCAGAACUUUAUGGGAACAGUGCAACAAUGGCCAUGAUCUUGAUGUGUCUGCUUUUAUGAAGCCAUCCCGUCACAAUUUGUAGCAAAUAUGAUGAUGCAUUCCUCUGAAAAAUGUGGAUCAAGCCAGAGAAUAGCAGAUCCAAAGACUGGGAGUUUGGACAAUGUUUCUUGGGACUUGUAGAGUGAUGGAAAAUUGAUUCAAUCCUUUGAAAACUGUCUUGUGGCUGUCACUGAUCUUAUAUGUGUUUAUAAUAUACAGUUUGUUGUGUUAUCAUGGUGUCUUACCAUCCAACUGUAAUAGCUGUAGCACACAAGACUGCUGAGUUGAGGAGAAGGACUGUGGUUUACCCUAAGUACUUAGCACUGUUUUUAAAAAUAGGAGAAUCAAGCUUUUCUCAAAUGAGAUAACUAAUGUUUUUUUCUUUUCAUCAGCACUCCCAUGUCAGAUUUAGAAGUUGGAGGCAAAGUAUAGCUCCGUCUAUGCUUCACUAACCUUGGAAGACCAGUCGCCACUGUUUCGUCUGAUCUUUCUGCACGAUUUCUUAAUGAUCUCUGGGUCUCUGAGAUUGUCAAAUUAAGUUUUGUGCCGUGUUCCCGUACAUUAUCUAGGUCCAGGAACUUAAUGCAGACUAUCCAAACCUCAUUUAUAUUCAGCUACCAGGGAUUUUACACCCAUCCUCUCAGGUUAAAAUUCAACCUGGGUAUCUAAGGUGAAAAGGUAGAGUUUAACCCACUUUGUCGCUCUUGCAUUUCAGGCUUUAAAACCUUGAAUUUGUAUUUAAUUCAUCAAUCAAUUAGAAUUUGAGAUGAGUAAGAGACAGGGGUUUCCCUGCCUCUACAGUGAAUUUUUUAUUUGCGACCUGAUUAAUAAGUCAGUGGGCCGCAUUACCCAGCUACCUGCAUACAUUAUGAUAACCUGUAAAUAUUUUGAACUGAAGAAGUGUCCAAAAAACUGGUCUUGGCUAAACACGCAAAAACACCUGUAUUUUAAAAAAGGCAGAUUUUGAUGCUAACUAUAAGUAUAAUCAUCUGACUGCAAUUGUUACUAAUAUGCUAGACCUAAUUGAUUUGUAAAUGCAAAUAAAACGAACCUGUAAGAAAGUACAUUAUACUCAAGUAGUUGCCUGAGGUUAAUUCACCAUGAAUGCUCCGUAUAGUGAUGUUUGUCCUCUAAUAGGUAUAUCAUAAUUUCUCCCCCUACAAAUCUCAUGAGAUUUGGAAAUACUUGUGCAAGAACUGUGAAAAUACAUAAUUUAGAUAUUGGAGAAUUUGAGUUUGGUGGAUAAUUAGUGUUUAAAUUGAUGCCUUAGGGACAGGAAAAAAAGAGCAUUAAAUUGUAGAUCUAGCCAACUUUAACUGAAGGAAAGUUGAAGCUAACUGGCAAUUCAAGUGAAAUUUUGAGACGUUAGUUAUUACAAUGUUAUAAUGUGAAAUGUGACAUUAGUAAAGGUAUAACCAUUUGUGGUUAAGCUCAUGCAUUCUAAACGUAAUACAAAUUUGCUUCAGAAAGUAUGAGAUAAUAGUUACUAUUGAGAGAAUCUCUGCAGUUUCAUGUACCAUUUGUUGCUCACUUGAAAAAUGUUGUUUAUGUAGUGAAUAAAAAUUGGUUUGGUGUUCCUAUUCCAAUUCAAUAUUUGUACCAAA